CGGCAGGGUCGCCGUGGCCCCGCCCCUCGCCGGUCCCGGGCGCGUGAGGCCGCGGCGCGGGAGCCAUGCCCGAGAUCAGGGUCACCCCCUUGGGAGCCGGCCAGGACGUGGGCCGCAGCUGCAUCCUGGUGUCCAUCGGGGGCAAGAACGUGAUGCUGGACUGCGGGAUGCACAUGGGUUUCAACGACGACCGGCGCUUUCCCGACUUCUCCUACAUCACGCAGAACGGCCGACUGACGGACUUCUUGGACUGCGUCAUCAUCAGCCACUUCCACCUGGAUCACUGCGGAGCGCUGCCCUACUUUAGUGAGAUGGUCGGCUAUGACGGGCCCAUCUAUAUGACCCACCCCACCCAGGCCAUCUGCCCCAUCCUGCUGGAGGACUACCGCAAGAUCGCUGUGGACAAGAAGGGCGAGGCCAACUUCUUCACCUCUCAGAUGAUCAAGGACUGCAUGAAGAAGGUGGUGGCCGUCCACCUGCACCAGACCGUCCAGGUGGAUGACGAGCUGGAGAUCAAGGCCUACUACGCUGGCCACGUGCUGGGAGCAGCCAUGUUCCAGAUCAAAGUGGGCUCAGAGUCCGUGGUCUACACGGGAGACUACAACAUGACCCCUGACCGGCAUCUGGGAGCCGCCUGGAUCGACAAGUGUCGCCCCAACCUGCUCAUCACCGAAUCCACUUACGCCACCACCAUACGUGACUCCAAGCGCUGCCGUGAGCGUGACUUCCUCAAGAAAGUGCAUGAGACUGUGGAGCGUGGCGGGAAGGUGCUCAUCCCCGUCUUCGCGCUGGGCCGCGCCCAGGAGCUGUGCAUUCUGCUGGAAACCUUCUGGGAGCGCAUGAACCUGAAGGUGCCCAUCUACUUCUCCACGGGCCUCACGGAGAAGGCCAACCACUACUACAAGCUCUUCAUCACCUGGACCAACCAGAAGAUCAGGAAGACCUUCGUGCAAAGGAACAUGUUCGAGUUCAAGCACAUCAAGGCCUUUGACCGUGCUUUUGCUGACAACCCAGGGCCAAUGGUUGUCUUCGCCACACCAGGCAUGCUACAUGCUGGCCAGUCCCUGCAGAUCUUCCGCAAAUGGGCGGGAAACGAGAAGAACAUGGUUAUCAUGCCUGGAUACUGCGUGCAGGGCACUGUGGGCCACAAGAUCCUGAGUGGGCAGCGCAAGCUAGAGAUGGAGGGCCGGCAGGUGCUGGAGGUCAGGAUGCAGGUGGAGUACAUGUCCUUCAGUGCCCAUGCGGAUGCCAAGGGCAUCAUGCAGUUGGUGGGCCAGGCAGAGCCACAGAGUGUCCUGCUGGUGCACGGUGAGGCCAAGAAGAUGGAGUUCCUGAAGCAGAAGAUCGAACAGGAGUUCCGAGUCAGCUGCUACAUGCCAGCCAACGGGGAGACGGUGACCCUGCCCACCAAUCCCAGCAUCCCUGUGGGCAUCUCACUGGGACUGCUGAAGCGAGAGAUGGCUCAGGUGUCGCUCCCAGAGGCCAGAAGGCCCCGGCUCCUGCAUGGUACCCUGAUCAUGAAGGAUGGGAACUUCCGGCUUGUGUCCUCCGAGCAAGCCCUCAAAGAGCUGGGCUUGGCAGAGCACCAGCUGCGCUUCACCUGCCGCGUUUACCUGCAUGACGCCCGCAAGGAGCAGGAGACGGCCCUGCACGUCUACAGCCACCUCAAGAGUGUCCUGAAGGACCACUGCGUGCAACACCUCCCUGACGGCUCUGUCACUGUUGAGUCCAUCCUGAUCCAGGCUGCCGCCCACUCCGAGGACCCAAGCACCAAGGUGUUGCUGGUCUCCUGGACCUACCAGGACGAGGAGCUGGGCAGCUACCUCACUGCGCUGCUCAAGAAGGGGCUGCCGCAGGUACCCAGCUGACCUGCCGAGGCACUCAGCACCCACUGAUGCCCCAGCCUGGUAUCCGGCGAUGCUGCCCCAGGUGCCUAGCUGAGCUGCCCCAGGCACCUGGCACCAACUGAUGCCUCCACCUGGUGAUGCCACCCCAGGUCCCCGGCACCUGGUCGAGCUGCCCUGCCCCACCAGUGCUGGGAUCUAGA